CGCGGGACAACGCUCCUGUGGGCGCACACAGGUUCAGACGACCUGCUGCGACGAGAAGGGAACCUCAUCUUUAUCAAACGGUAUCUUUGAGCGGAUACUUUGUAGUGAACGACGAGCCGACCCUUUUUGGAAAUGAAGGACGUAUUUACUCCAGACUGAAAAGGCGAUUUUUUAAAAUUUUGUAUGACUUUGACUCAUUCAUUUUUCCCACCAAUAAUCCAUUCGUUUGAAUACUUUUCCAGUUUUUUUUUUGCUUGCCUUAUUCGGAGCUUUGACAUCCACAUGGCGGACAACAAGCACCCGCACGUUAUUUUCUGCAACGACUCGCCCAAACGGGUCCUGGUGUCCGUCAUUAAGACCACGCCGAUCAAACCGAGGAAAGCGGAGGCCCUGACGCCGACGAGUCCCGGUUUCAGCGACUUCAUGGUCUACCCGUGGAAGUGGGGGGAGAACGCCCACAAUGUGACCCUGAGCCCGGGCUCGCUGAGCGGGGCUUCGUCUCCGACCGGGACCCAGACGGCCCGGGACGCGGACGCGGACGCGGAUCCUUCAGCGGAGCAGAUCAGGGACGGCAUCCGCAGAGGACGACCACGUGCCGACACCGUCCGCGAGCUCAUAAGCGAGGGGGAGACUUCGUCCAGCCGCAUUCGCUGCAACAUCUGCAACCGAGUAUUUCCUCGCGAGAAGUCGCUUCAGGCUCACAAGAGGACACACACAGGAGAGAGGCCCUACCUGUGUGAUUACCCAAACUGUGGGAAGGCGUUUGUCCAGAGUGGUCAGCUGAAGACGCACCAGCGGCUGCACACUGGGGAAAAGCCCUUCGUCUGCUCGGAGAAAGGAUGUGGCAAUCGGUUCACACACGCCAACCGUCACUGCCCCAAGCAUCCCUUCUCCCGCCUGAAGAGGGAGGAACCGAAGGAGAGCCAGGGGUCGGCUCAGUCGGUGGACAACAAGGCCGUGGCCGAGUGGCUAGCAAAGUACUGGCAGACUCGUGAGCAGCGGGCCCCCACGACCACCAACAUGGGGAAGCCACAGGGCAAGGCACGAGUCGAGGACCAGGAGCAGCAGGACCCCAUGGAGUUCCUCCAGUCCGACGAGGAGAACGGGGAGGACGAGGAAAAAGGCGGCCAGGGAGGAGCCGCGAAGCGCCGCCUCCAGGAGCAGCGAGAGCGUCUCCACGGUGCUCUCGCGCUCAUUGAGCUGGCGAACAACCUGUCUCCCUGAAACCCCCCCCCAAAUCAUUCCCUGUCCCUAAUAUCUCCAUUCCCAACCCGCCUUCCUGCAGUAUGUGCUGUAGCUAGAAAGUGUUCAUCAAUGCAGAUCAAUGGCUUGUUGAGUUUAUUUCACCAAGUUGUGACAUCAGACUUUAGAGAGCGAGCUGAAUAGGCCUGAGAUCAGUGUUAUGCACUCCCCCCCUACCCCACAGCACCAGGAAGGCCCAAGCUAAAGCACCUUAUUCAGCUUCCAUUUUAUCCUCUUUUUUUAAAAAAAAUUUUAGGCUGCUAUAAUUGUAGAUUUGACUAUAUGAAGAAUGUCUUUCUUUUUCUCCUGCCUUCUAAAGGCAAAGAAAGAGUACCUAUUAUGUUGUUAAUUUGUCGUGUUUGCACUUUGAUGGGUAACGAGUUUUCUUUGAGUGUAUUUGAGAUUGUAACAAGAGUGUGUAUGACUGAUGUGUGUAUAUAUGGAUUAAGCUCCGACGGAGAGAACGAUACAGGGUGUGGGCAAACAUAGGAAAUGUUGAGUUGCAUUCCAACUGUCUAGAUGGCCUCUCAUCAUGCUCCCAGGUUUCAUCUCCAGCGUUGUAAAAGCACAAUUUCCCCUGCGACAGCAGCGUUGGGAACUGAAAACGGACUGAGAAGUUUAAGCCUCAAGAAGCGGCAGAAAGGUGGACUAAAAGCGAGCUGGAUUGGUCCGGGCAUGGGACAUGGUUGUUUUUUUGUUUUUUUUAUGUGCGAAUGUGACGUGUGGCCGGUGAUCAUUGCAAGCAUAAUCCAGAGGUCUUGUGAAGCACGAGCUUUAAGAAAAAAAGAAAUCUGAAACUUUUGACAGCUUCACCACUUUUAUCGUUUAAAAGGUCCAGAGUCCCUUUUUUAAAAGCCAUGCCACAUUUCCAUUUUAACAGCCGUUUUCCAUUCAGACACAAGAAUCGUGGGCAAGAAGAUGCAGACCUUUUAACCAGAUGGGAGAUUUAUUUUUAAACAAUGGAUGAUGUCAAUCCCCUUUUAUAUUAAAAGGUGUGAGACCAGUUAUGAUACGGGCAUAGCAUCAUAGCAGUGUGCGGUGCAUCUAUGUCAUAUAAUUUCAAAAGGUUAAAUUAUGAUAUUUAUUUCAACAUAUUCUCUUUUUUUUCUUUUUCCUGGCUUUUGUUGAUUUAUGACAGUCUUGGAGUCUUUUGACAUGGGAAGGGAAAUAUUCUGGUACUCGUAGGAUAAAAAAUAUCUGCAAUGUUUUAAAACCAUUUAGAAUAUAUAUCAAAUAAAGUUUAUUUUUCUAUUUAGCACUUCCCCCUCCCCCCCCAUAUUUAGUCUUGGAUUAAGCUUGCAAUUCACUGAAGAUUAGAUUUGUUGUUCGUUUCCAAGAAAAUGGCACAGCUUUUAUUUUUUUGUAGUCCUGGAUGAUUUUCUUUUUCAAUUUCUUUUUUUUUCUUCCUCAAAGCAACACUACAUCCUUUGACACUGUAUGAAGCCUCUCAUAACUGCCUUCUCACUCUAGCUGUGAUGUUUGAUAAACAAAUUACCCGUGUGGAGUUAUGGUAAAACUGGAAGGCAAGCGUAAUGUUGAUAAUCAAAACACCAAAUGAUUUGUUUUUACCCAAUUAUAGUAUAUUUUGAAGCAUUUCUAACCCGUAGUCAAUUUUGUGGUUCGAGAAGAUUAUGGCAUUUAAUAUAUAUAUAUAUAUAUACACAUUAUGUUCUUAGAAUAUCGAGUGUGCACAAUUUACGGGAGAGCUUUGAAGUUUAAUUUUAGUUUUCAGUUUUCCCCUCUGCUAACAACCUCCCCCUCCUCCGUUAUCAUGUUUGUGACAUGUGUAGAGUGACCCUGCUUGCUUGGUAGACAUUUAUUUACACUUUUUUUUUUUUUUUUUUUUAAAGUUAAAAUUUCUCUGACAGGCUGUCCACACUGUCAUACAAUUGUUGGUUUUCAAUAAACAUUCACCGAACCGGACCC